ACCUCUGGCCAGAGAAGAGGAGUGAAUCCCAGUCACACAGCUCAUCCCUUAGACCCGGGCUCUGCCACAGUGAGCGAGAGACACUGGUACAGUGUGCUCUCUGGUCAUUCCCAUGGCAGACACGACGCUGGAGGAGGCUUUGGCCGGGGAGCAGGGAGGGAUGGGAGGGAGACAUCCGAGUCUGAGGUGGACACAGCCAUGCAUGAGACAGGCCGUGCACCGAGAGCCAAAGAAGUGGUCAAGAUCUGGACCUGGAGUACAAGCUAGAACAUCAAAGAACCAAAAUUCCCCUGAAAAUGCAGCGAGGGAGAGGAGCCGAGUGCGGAACCUGCGCCAGGCGUUCCAGAGCCUCCAGGCUGCCUUGCCAUCGGUUCCUCCGGACACAAAGCUCUCCAAACUGGACGUUCUGGUCCUGGCCACGAAUUACAUCGCACACCUCACUGAGACGCUGGACCAGGACCAGGGAGGAGCGGUGUGUGAUCAUCUAACACUGCAGAGAGCUGAAGGCUACCUGCACCCUGUGAAGAAGUGGCCGAUGCGAUCUCUGCUGUAUUGUGGGAACAUUGGCGAGCGUCUAACGGGAGCAAACCCCAGUCAGGAGGAGUGUCGUACACCCAGCAGCACAGCUGAGGUCCGAGCAGACAGAACUGAUCUAGACGUCUCUAAUCACUCUUAAAGCAAGAAUGGGGUGAAUUCGGAUCCGAUUUAAGUGGUCUAGGGCACAAGCCUAGUUUAUUCCACUU